UUUCCCCUGGCCCCUUCUGGUGGGAGGCCCCGCUGCUUCAGUCGGGGAGCCCCGUAGUACAGCACGCGGCCUCUACGAGCGCCAAAGAGCCCGCGUGCGCGCGCCUCCCCACUCCAAAGAUGUGAAGAUGGCGGAGCUACAAAUGCUUCUGGAAGAGGAGAUUCCGGCCGGACGCAGCGCGCUGCUGGACAGCUUCACCAACUUGGAGCGGGUCGCGGAGUACUGCGAGAGCAACUAUGUCCAGUCUCCAGACAAACAGAGGGCGCUGGAGGAGACCAAAAACUACACUACCCAGUCUCUUGCUAGCGUGGCCUACCUGAUCAACACGCUAGCCAACAAUGUGCUACAGAUGCUCGACAUCCAGGCGUCGCAGCUCCGCCGGAUGGAGUCCUCCAUCAACCACAUCUCCCAGACGGUGGACAUUCACAAAGAGAAAGUAGCGCGCCGGGAAAUCGGCAUCCUCACUACCAACAAGAACACAUCCCGCACGCACAAGAUCAUCGCCCCCGCCAACCCCGAGAGGCCCGUCCGCUACAUCCGCAAGCCCGUCGACUACAGCCUGCUGGACGACAUGGGCCACGGAGUUAAGUGGUUGCAAAGGUUUAAGGCCAGUGCCCAGAACAUGAAGACCGGCGGGGGUGCUCUUCCUCGCACCAACCCCCCCACACAGAAGCCCCCCAGCCCGCCCAUGACGGGGAAGGGGACGCUUGGCGUUGUCCCUAACGACUACGUCUCGAGUCCGACGCGCAACAUGGCGCACCCCCAGCAGAGCCCCGCACGCACUGCAUCUGUUAAUCAGAGGAACCGCACGUACAGCAGUGGGAGCAGCGGGGGCAGCCAUCCCAGCAGCAGUCGCAGCAGCAGCCGAGAAAACAGCGGCAGCGGGAGCGUCGGAGUUCCCAUCGCCGUGCCGACCCCGGCCCCGCCCACAGCCUUCCCAGGCGCUCCUCAGUUCUACAGCAUGAACCGCCCGCUCCAGCAGCCCCAGAACCAGCAGGUGGGGGGUUCCCUGCCGUACCGCCGGCCGUCCUCCGUCACCGGGCAACCCAACCCGGCCCACAACCCCACCCAGCUCAACGGGGGGCCCCACUACACCCAGAACCAAGUCAGACGAGCCGGUGUUUGAGGAACCCACGCCGCCGCCGCCCCCGCCUGAAGACUACGAUGACGAUGAAGACGAGGAAGAGUCGGCGGUGGUUGAGUACAGUGACCCCUACGCUGAAGAGGACCCGCCGUGGGCCCCCCGAAGCUACAUGGAGAAAGUGGUGGCCAUCUACGACUACUCUCGCGACAAGGAGGACGAGCUUUCAUUCCAGGAGGGCGCCAUCAUCUACGUGAUCAAGAAGAACGACGACGGCUGGUUCGAGGGCGUGAUGAACGGCACCACAGGCCUCUUCCCGGGAAACUACGUCGAGUCCAUCAUGCACUACGCCGACUGAACAACCUCCUCUGAGUUGGGAGGGAGCACCCGGCGGGGAAGGGGAAGGGGGAGGGGGAGGGGUUUUCGGUGUCAGACUUUUGGGUCCGACGGAGCGCGGUCGCCUCCGGACCAAGAGGGGGGAGCGGAGGCGGGCAUCGUGGCCCGGCGUCAUUCUCUCCCCCUCGCCGCCGUACAGCAACCACUACUCCAGCUAUGUCCUUCCCCGUAGUAUUUCUUCAUUCGUUUGAGUGGGCGGUGGUGGAUUUUAUUUCCGUGUUACGUUUUGAAGCCACUACACGCGUCUGUUUGCUUCAUAUCUCUUUUUGCGUUCCACACCAACUCGCCCUUAUUUACAAUAUUUAUUUGUAGUGGGAUGAAUGGCGAGCAGGCGGCCGCCGUUCCAAAACGUCGGGCCGAUUCUCCUCAACACUCCAGAGACAACAGUAUCCUCAGCAUGGGAAUGGUGGUUCUACAGCGCGGUACCUCGGCAGAACCGGUGCCAAAGCUGAGCAAGAUAAGCACAUCCGAUGUCUUAAAGCGCUGGCCGACGCUCGCGCACGUCUAAGGAGACAUCCGGACCGAACCGCAGUCCGCGCCGUUGGGUUGAUUUUCACGUUUUGCACACAGGUUCAGUCGUCGCUCCAGGAAGGAAAUCAAUGUGGGAACACUCGUCUGCACAUUUUCGUUAUGAGUUUUUGCUUGAGCGCAUGUUUCUGAAAAAAAGACAAAAAAACACUUCUGCUUUACUGGUUAUUACCGUCUUAAUAUAUAUAUUUUUUAGAUAUGCUGUGGGGUUGUUCUUUAAUUUUUCUUGGAUGACGACGCGUUUAGGACAUGUCUACGAUGUUUGUGCCAUAUUGAAGGGUGUGUUGCUGUUCAACAUUUGCAAUAAGUCGACUUGAGCGUGGCGGAUCGUCGUCGGAAUGCUAACCUUUCUUUCUUUCCAUCCUGAUCUUUUUUUUUUUUUUUUCUUUUGGAUUAAAAAAAAGCACAUACAUUUGUAAUAAAAAGGUGUAGAAGAAGAUAUAAUAUAAAUGUGAAAUGUAUUAUGUCCUCCCGAUGGGACCUCCUGAACAUGAAAAGAUGCAAACUGUCGUGCUGAAAUGGUUCUCAACUGUUGCAAGCGCCCCAUUACUUUAUAUAGAAACAGACGACAGGUUGAAUUUGUCCUUCAUAUAGUUUGAUAAGCUUGGCCGUGAAGUGUUUUUCCAGGGCUCAGUGCGUUACUUUAUGUUCCAAUCCUAAUGAAACCUGAGUAAAAUACGGGUCCGUAUGUGGUUCUUGCAUGCCAUUGUUCUCAUCUGUACUGGUGUUUCCAAAAAAAAAAAAAACGAGAGAUCACCCAUUACUGAAAAGACGAGCAUCUCUAACCAGGUACCAGCAGCCUCGUCCAAAGAGACUGGAACCCCUCAGACUGUAGCCAUCCAUGACACUAUCGGUGGAGUUUUGUUUCCCUGUGGCGGUACGGCGAGAGGGCGGGCGGGGGAGGGGAAGAUCCACUUGCGUAGCACCCUGAGAAUAACGCUAAAGAACCAUCGCGGGUUGCAGGAUUCACGGCCUCCUGGAAUCACAGACGUUGUUGAGUUUGACGGUCCAUAACGCCAUCGUGUUGCACAGUUCAAAGUGGAAUUGCAGAAGCAUCAUGUUUGUAAAAUCAUCAGAACAAAGACAAUAAAGUGAUGAAGAUUUCA